CAAAGGCUCGUAUAUUAUUUUUAUUUUUCUCUCACUAACUCUCUCUCUCUCUCUCUCAGCAAGAACGACUUCGCUUCGCUCUCUCUCUCUCUCUCUCUCUCUUUCUUUCUCUCUCUCGCUCUCGUUUUUUUGGUUUUUCGUUAUUAUUCUCGCUCUCUUAAGUCCUCGAAUUUAACCUUGUUAGCCAUGAAAGCUCAGCUUCCGUAAAAGACAGUAAGUUUGUAAAUCGGUGCUAAAACCCCUCAAGACCCAUUUUCUCAGGUUCCCGCUUUCACGUUUCGGGUUUCCGGGUUCUUCUUUGUGUUGGUUGUUUAUCCAUGGAGGUAUCGUAAAGAAAAAAAAUAUUUAUUUAUUUUUGCUUGGCUUGCUAUUUUUCUGCUUAUUGUACGAUUCAAUGUAAGUUGUCUUUGUGUUUUAACGGUUCCAUGUUCAGUAAAGAAGUCGAAUUUGUUGGAUCGUAUUGGAAUUCUUGCUGGGGAACGGUGGUUUUUGUUUGUUUGGCUGCUUGUUUUUCUUUAUUUUUCUUUUAAUUUUUUUCUGGAUUAUUUAUUUUUGUUGAGUUUGCAAAGCUUUGGAAUGUUGUUGUUUUUAAGUAAAGAUUAUAUAUUUGGGUUUUAGUUCUUGGAGUUUUAAUGUGGUUAAUUAUUAUUAUUAUUAUUAUUAUUAUUAUUAUUAUUAUUAUUAUUUUUCAUAUAUUUGUUUGCAAAAGUUUUGGUUUUUCGAAGUGGGGUAUCUUCAAUAUUUUGUAUUUUGGGGUCAUAAAAUCGAUCUGGGAUUGAUUGCUUUCUUAUGGGUUUGAAGCGUUUUACUCUGUUUUUGUUUUGUUUCCUGUAGGUGUUUGCUUUCUUUAUCAAAAUUCAGUCGGCAGUUUUAUAUCUUUAAUUUUCUUUUUCUGAUAUAUUGCCAAUUCUAUGUUUUUAUGCAUUGUGAAAUAUGCCAAGAAAAGGAAUUAAAUUACUUUUUGAAAAUGUAACGUAAUUAAUUUUGGACAAAUUUGUUCUUCCAGAUUUUGGCAGAAACUAAUUUUUUUUUUUUUUCUUUCUGAUAUAAAAUUUUAUUUUGCAUCAAGUCAAGUGGUUGACUGGGUUUCUUCUUGAUUGAUUGUUAAUCUGGUUUUUGCUAGAAUUUGAGUCGGUAUUUAAGAUGGGCCCGCCAUUUUAAUUGCUUAAAUGCUUUUGGACGUUUCAUUAUUAACAUAGAAUAUAAACUGGGGCGAAUUGAUUAUUAGUCCUGGAAAUUUUGAAAGCAAAGCAUUCAGAAGAGCUUUUGAGUUAAUUUUGAGAACAACAGUUUCUAGAAAAUGCAAUUUCUUAUCCUAAAUCAAAUGAAACAAGUGUUCUAAUUUUGUUUGCUAUGGUACCCAUUGAUUUGCUUAUUGGGACUCCAAAAAAAAAAAAGAAAAAAAAUGAAAAGAAAAGAACAGAAAAUAGAGACACAGAGAGGAGAUAUUUCUUUCAUCUUAUGCUUUUCAGAAAGCCAAACAACCACACCCAUUUUUCCAUGGCAGAUGGAUUCAGUUGAAACAAAUCACCACGUGGAACUCAAUGAGAGUGUAUCUGCUGAGCAAACAGUUUCUGCUGAAGUUUCUGACAUCUGUGAUGUCUUUGGAGAUCCAGAGAUACUUCCUAGAGUUGGAGAUCAGUACCAGGUCGAAAUUCCCUCUCUAAUAUCUGAAUCUGACUAUCUAAAGCUAUCGAUGAACCCGUGUGAAGUGGAAAAUGAACAUGGCAGUAAUGAUUUUCUACUGGGAUUGCCCAUACCAGUAAUGUGGAUCAGUGAGGAAACUAAGAGCCAAAAGCAUGAACAACAGGAGGAGGCUUAUCCUAAGGGUGAAAUACGCAAAAAAGAUGAGUCCCUAAGAUCACCAAAUGAGAAUUCAGACGAAAAUGGCUUCAAACCUAAAGUGGAGCUUCUAAAUAUUUCCUCUGAUAAUGGGACAAAAUUAGGUGAAUCAGCAGACUUAACUUUGCAAGAAGAAAUUUUAAUCAAAGUGCAAGAACAUGGAGGAAAAGGCGAAGAAAUUUUAAUCAAAGUGCAAGAACAUGGAGGAAAAGGCUACUCUCCUGUCCCUGGUUUGUGGGGUAACGCCUGGAGUAAUAUUGAAGAGGCAAGUUUUCUUCUUGGUUUAUACAUCUUUGGGAAGAACCUUUCUCAAGUGAAGGAUUUUGUAGGGAGCAAACAGACUGGUGAUAUACUAUCAUAUUACUAUGGAAGGUUCUACCGGUCUGACAGAUACUGUAGAUGGUCAGAAUGCAGGAAAAUAAGAAGCAGAAGGUGUAUAUAUGGACAAAGAAUUUUCACAGGAUUGAGGCAACAGGAAUUAUUGUCUCGUUUGCUUCCCCAUGUGUCAGAGGAAUGCCAAAAUACUUUACUAGAGAUAUCAAAGGCAUUUGGGGAGGGGAAAAUAUUACUGGAAGAAUAUGUAUUCACUUUAAAGGCCUCAGUUGGAUUGAACGCUCUUGUAGAAGGAGUAGGAAUUGGAAAAGGGAAGCAGGAUCUCACAGGAAUGGCUAUGGAGAAUUCAAGGUCCAAUCAAGUUCCUGUCCGCCCAGAAAUACCAGUUGGCAAAGCAUGCUCCACACUUACUACACUGGAGAUAGUAAACUUUUUAACGGGAGACUUCAGACUUAGCAAAGCACGAUCUAGCGAUCUAUUCUGGGAAGCUGUUUGGCCUCGUUUACUUGCAAGAGGGUGGCACUCUGAGCAGCCUAAUAAUAAUGGAUCUGUUGCUGGUUCUAGGCAUUCUUUGGUAUUUCUUAUCCCUGGUAUUAAGAAGUUCUCAAGAAGGAAACUAGUGAAAGGGGUUCAUUAUUUUGAUUCUGUAAGUGACGUCCUGAGUAAGGUUGCUUCAGAUCCAGGUCUCCUUGACAUUGAGGGUUGCAAAAGCAAGGAAGAAAAUGGGUGGACUGAUGAAACAAAGCUGGACAAGGAAGAUUUUCCUAAUCAGCAACGCCACUGUUACCUCAAGCCACGUACUCCUAAUCGCAGUACUGAUAUCGUGAAGUUUACUGUUGUGGACACAAGUCUGGCUAAUGGGAAAACAUGUAAGGUAAGGGAACUCAGAAGCUUGCCUGUCCAAAUCAUGAACACUUCCACCAUCAGAAGUGAUUCUGAUGAUGACGAUGGAGAUACUUCUGAUAACUCGGAAGAUAAUUCUAGUUCUAGUGAUAUCCCAUCUUCAGAUAAAGAUGGGCCCAAUGAUUUCAAAGCACCAGAGGUUAGCUUGGAUAAAAGAGUAUCUUCUGGUAGAAAAUAUUUAGACAAUGAUGCUUCUAACAAGGGGUUUCCAGUUAAUGGCCCGGUUUUGACUAAUAUACCUACUAAAAUCCCCAAGGAUAAAGACAGUGACAAAUGCAAUGACACACAGCCUAACAAUGCCCUGAAGUGCCAAUUGAACAGGAAAAUAAGACCUGAAGACGAAAAUCAUCUAGCUCCUGUCACAAAGCGACGUCGAAGAAAACCCCCUUCUACUCUCAAAGAGACAAGCCAUAGCACAAACAACACCAGGCUAGUUCCCAGCUUACUACAAGAGGCCAGCUGCUGUGUCAGUGUGGAUAAUUCUGAUCAUAGCGAGAGCAUUUUCUCUCGUAUGGAUCCAUCUCAAGAGAAGUUGUCAUCAACCAGUUCGUCUAGAGGGGGCAGCCCUAUCACAAGCAGUGAAGGUCAACAUGGUAACCAUAUCGAUGCUGAACAUGCUCAUGAGAAACCUCAACCUCGUACGCUGAUCGACUUGAACAUUCCUGUAACUUCAGAUGUCGAAGCAGAUGAACCUUUCAUGAUGGAAACGACUGAGAGGCAAGAUGAACGGACUAGCAACGAGCCAGACAGUAGCUCCCAUGCAGUCAAUACGUCCAAAAAUAUGGCCGCAGAUACUGAGCAGGAGGAAUCUAAGGUCAGCUCCCGGAGGCAGAGCACAAGAAAUAGACCACUAACAACUAAAGUGCUGGAAGCUUUUGCUUGUGGAUUUUUGGACAUAAAGCAGAAGCGAAAGAGCAAGGAUGCCUUUCCUGGCGAGAACUCAAAUUCAAGGCCUUCGAGGCGCUCUCGUGCAAGAGUUGGAACUCCAGAAAGUAUAAAUUCUAGUUCUGCGGAUUUGAGUAUGGAAGAUACUGGAACUGCCAUCCAAAAUAACAAUGGUGAUGUAUUAAGCAAGCUAGGCAUCAGUUCACAAAGUGGUUAGUUAGGUGCUGAUAUUCCUGGCUUAGAAACAACGAGAUUGCCUUAUGGCCUGACCAUAUGGCAUGGCCAAUAAUGCCUUUGCCUAGGAGCCCCGCAAAAGGAAUGGUUCAUAUAAAAAAAUGUCAAUGUUAAAUGUUGUUAGUUUUUAUACUCUGUCUCUCAAAUUUUUUAUUUUAUCAUAUAAAAUAAGGGGGUUGUUUUUUUUCUGUUUUU